GUUUUCACGUUUUCAGUCGCUUCAAAGCGCACCUCGCCGCAACACACGCGUGUGCCCGGGCCCGAAAACCCUCCUCUAAAAAAAACAACACCUCCGUCUCGCGAACUCGCGUGCCGCUGUCUCCUCUUUUGUGCGAAUAAUGAGUAUUGGUCUGACUUACCUGCUGGAAGCUGCGGAGUUCUUGGAUAGACGAGAAAGAGAAGCCGAACAUGGAUACGCGACAACCGAGCCAAUGCCCGACGACCUGCGAAGCACACACAAGAGGCAGAAAAAUAAGAAGAGCCUGGGGAACAGGACGACCCACAACGAGCUGGAGAAGAAUAGGCGGGCGCAUUUACGGACGUGCCUGGAGAAACUCAAGGGCAUGGUGCCCCUGGGACCUGAAGCGUCCCGACACACGACCCUUGGCCUGCUGACCAAGGCGAAGCGCUUCAUCAAGAAUUUGGAGGAGCGCGAACGCAAGGUGCUGAGCCAUAAGGAGCAGUUGCAGCGCGAACAGCGGUACCUGAGGCGGCGUCUGGAGACCCUGGGUCUUCAGAACCCGUGCACGGUGAUUCAGCAGCAUCAGCAGCAGAUGAACAAGCGGCGCUCCGUCAGCGAGAGUUCAACGGCGAGCUCCUGCAGCUCCGGAGUGUCGUCCUGCUCGUCGAGGCUCAGCCCGGCGUCUCUGUUGCUGUUCGGCGGCGGCGUCUCCUCGCCGUCGCCAUCCUCUUCGGCCUGCAGCGUCUCAGAGUCUGAUGAGGUCGACGUGACUGGCUACACGAGCUGCAACCAAAGUUCCGACGGAGACUCGAGCUCCGAUGACCAGGGCAGCAUCCAGUCGACGUCUAGCGAUAGCGGCGUCGCCAUGUCCGCCUCGCGUCUUACCUUGGGCGAGUUCGCCUAGCCUGCCUGCCCUUCGAUGGGAACCCGACGGAGAACUAGAGUCGCGACCAGGCCUCGGUUCCCUCGUCGCUCUGCAAAUUAUUAAACAAGAAAGAAAAUGCAUACACUGAAUAACAAACAAGAAAGAGCCAGCGCCUGCGGGUGCACCACUACAACAGUUACAAGUAAAUCAAUGCCAGUACGAGGCGCUACACUUCCAAAAAAACAUGAGAAAGGAAUUUUUAAUGCAGUCCUAUUGAUUUUUGAUAGGCAAAACGGAUUAACUUUUUUUCCAACCGUUAAAUAUUUAUUUCCUAGUCAGAAUACAGAACCCUAAUUGCAAAGGAGGAGCAAAUCGAUUCACUCUGCGUGUGUGUAAAUUAAAAACUCGCUGUGUAAAUUGUACAUAAUUUAUUUGAAUCGUGCGUUGGAACCUAAAGAAGUCUCUCUUCGGAAAGCUAUUUGAGACUCGCCCAGGGAACUGUACCCGGUCGUUGAGAAAAAGAUAUUUUUUUCCUAAGCCUGGGCCGUCCGCGGAAUUGGAAGCAAGCAAGAAUUGAACCCACCCGUACUUGUUGUCAGUAUGAUGAUUAUUAUGUUUUAAUAUUAUUACAAUGAAUAUGUUCCUUGAAAAAUGAAGUGAAAAAAGCAGGUGUGGCGCCUCCGAUUGAUAAUUGAAUGAAAAAAAUGAAUAAUUAAUGACGAUGAACGCUGAAAUCUCCCGCCAGAGCUAAGACUGCAACUGUUCCCAAACAUUUCUCAUUUUCGGGAAUCACAAACAAAUAAUUUAACAUUCUCUGGCUCAAUAAAAGAAAAAAAAUCACAAAAUAAUAAUUACUAUCUGUAAACGCGAGACAAAGAAGAAGAUGCUGAUGACGAAGAUAAGCAAACAAUGGGAGAUAUAUUAUAUGAUAUAUUAAAAUUAUUUUUCUUUUAUUUUCCAAAACAAUGAUGAAAAAAGUACAAAUUGUAUGUAAAAAUACAACAAAAAAAGAGAUAUAAUUUUCCUGUUCUUCUGCUCCUACUCGUGCCCUCCUUUCCCCUUCGGUCGACGAGUUUAGAUUUGGUCCGCGCGCCCCUUCACUCCGGUCCAGGCUGCUCCGACCCACUUUUCUGCCAUUCCCCCUCCCGGGGGCCCGCCCGGCCGCUCGGUGCUCUGCGUGCGGACCCCCCGCCUCCGGGAACUGAAAACCAGGAGCAGCCCCCACCCCCCUUGAGCCAGUCGCAAAUCGCGCAGAGAGCCGCCACCACCUCACCCAUGCGCCCAGCCUUGAUCAGGGUCAAUUCGAUAAAAUGACUGUUUUUGGAAUACACGCGCUUUUUCAAAUUUGUCGUCCCUCCGGGGGCCGCCUCAGGUGGGAAUCUGACUGCCCACUCGCGACCUUUGUCUCACAGGGGUGGUUCCGAAACGUGUUAUCAAGUUUAAUAGUCAAAAUAAUUGCCAGAUUACGAUGAAUGGAAUUAUUUUUAAAGGAAAAUUGAUGUUUUUGCGUCAAUUUUUUAUUUUAUUUUAAUUUUUUAUGACGGAGGUACCUAAUUUCAAAUCCAUGUCAACCAAUCGAGAUGAAUUUUGGUGUAUAGAGAUUCGCCUUGAGGAGACAAGUUUUCGACUCUCCAAAAUACUGCUUGCAAUUUUCAUUCAGGUCUAUUUAGGCCUUUAAAGUUAAAACCUAGUGAUUUAAAUAUAAAAAAUAUGGCUUGGUGGAAUAUACUCUAACUUCUAACCAAUGGAAAGAUUAAUUGGAUUUAUUCUUUCGGUUUGCAAGCCAUCAUCAGAGUCCAAAAUCGUUAAAAAUUGAAAAAAAAGUAAACAUGGCUGAAAAAAAAUAUCUAUGGACUCUGCUCCUCAUACCAAAAUAUCAUCGUGAGAGGACAAAAAUUUUAAUUUUUUAUUUUUAAUUUACUUGGUGUAUAUUCAAAUAGGCUUCACAACUUGGCUGUAACGCUUUUUUAAAACUUUAAUGAAAAGUUUAAUUUGUCAAUUUUACCUAAUUUCUUGAAAGUCUACACAUGUGAUGCAAAAAAAUGCUUUAAAUUUAUUACAAUGCGCGGAAGCGCAUUGUAUAAAAAAUUGGUCAAAAUUCGGAAUCACCCAAUCAGAGCAAAGAACGGCGACCCUUCCCCCACUCCCGCGGCUCUGACCCUUUGCAGCACCUCCCCUCUCGCUGCGGACGCGUGUAAAAAAGCGGCUUGAUCGACCGCAACUCCGGCUGUGCAGGGGAGGCCCAGUGGCGACUCCGUCGCGGAAGGGGGGUCGUGUGUGCGGACCGAGUGAAUCGCCGGACCGGCGCGUGCGCAACCUGACGCCUCAGUGCUUUAGAGCUGUAUGUGUGUAGCAAGGCCCCAAUCUGUUAGAUGGCGUGAAUGUGUCGACAUAUUUAAUAUUACACUGCAAGCGAUGUAUAAAUAAUUAUUAUAUCAUCUCGCAGAGCAUGGAAAUAGCGCUUGAUUCUCUCUUUUUCCGAUGCAAUCGAACCGUUCGUUGACCCGACGAGGAGGCUGGGGGCCGCGGGCGGGCGGGCACAGUGACAAUAAUUAACCGGUGUAAAUUGCAACUGAUCUCACCCCCUCACUUGCCCCCCGCGCAGCCCCGGCCGACCAACACACACGCCUCCAUAAUACAAAUAAUUAUUAAUUAAUUAAUUAGUAGCGAUUAACGGAGCGAAUGGAGAAAUUUCACGCGAUUCUUGGUUCAUUUUCGCCUCUUCCAAAGCGGGGGGCGUCCGGCCCCACUGCCCGGCCGCCCUCCGCUUGCCUAGCUUUACAUUAGUUGCCUGUAACAAUAAGAGUAAACUCUAUGUCCAGAAAAAUCGAGAAAAAACGGAUGGCCAAAAAAAGCAUAAAAUGUUAGAGAAAAAUGUUAAAAUUAAUGUGUCUACUGUAAAAGCACCAAUUUUUUAAAACAUACAAAAACGGAAUAUCACAAGCUGCGUUAAUUGUGAUGAGAGAGAAAGAGAGGCAGAAGGAGAAGUGUAGUUUUUAACUGUAUUACAAAAACAAAACAAAACCAUCAUCCUAGGACGAAAUGCUUCGCGUCCUCCCACACUUGGAGAGAAAGAGAGCUAUAAACACAAACAAACAAACAAACACACACAAGAAACCAAGCUGACAAAAUGCGAUUGAGAGAAAUGCCCAAUGUUGUACCUUUUAGGCUUCAGACAAAUCAACAAAACUUUCUCGAGAGUAACUAACUCACUCAUUCACUCACUUUGUGAGAAAAACACAAAAGUUUCACACUGACGACGGAAAAUAAUAUUUCAAAUAUAUUAUAUUAUAUAAUUCCUUUUAAACGAGAGGGUGAGAAAGGCCGUUAGAGUUCGCUCGUUACCCGCGGGCGAAUCGAUAGCUAAGGGUUAAUUAUUGUUCUGCGCGCGCAUGCAAAAAUGAAUGGAAAGUGACUAAAACACAAAACAUUUUGAGUUGACACGUGAAAGGAAACAAAAGUGUGUAUGUGUAACGGACUUGAUGUAAGCUAAAUAAAUGAGUUGUACAUAUGGACUAUUAUGAGAUGAAAAUGUAUUUGUUCUUAAUUUCCUUCGCAUCUAAAUCUUAAGACAUUAAAAAUGUGUAUAAUGAAAAAAUGAAA